UGUGUGUGUGUUGGGGGGGAGGUCGGUAAUUUUUGCCAUCAAAUCGCCAGAGAAAAGUAAAAGUACUGAUGAGGUGGCGCUCCGUUCCUCAAGCAGUCAUUUCGACUCUUGGCGCCCUGUGUUGCGGAGCCCGAGAUAAGACGGAAUUUGAUCCCCACACACCUGCGAGCUUCCAGAGGAGGAGGAGGAGGAGGAGGAGGCGGGUUAGCCGCCUCUUUUCAGGUAAUAAACCACCUCGGUGGCGCAACAACGGGAAGUGUGAGGUAAAAAAAUUGAGCUUAGGCACCAAGAGUGCAGGAGAGAGAGACUCCCAACGACUGCAGAUCCGAGAGGAGUGGCUGCUGGUUUCCCUCUCACAGAGCCCGCCAGCGCUACCGAGUAGAACAAAACAGAGAGAAAGAAGGUGGUGACGCGCGUGGCGCAAAGCUCCGAAGCGCCGACGCCUGGAGGGAGCGCCUGCCGGCCCGCCCGCCCGCCGUGGCUGGGCGAUGAGGCUCCGGCUGGGCAGCGCACUGACGUUUGUGUGCCUCGGCGCAGUUUGCUUCGUUUGGUUGUCGACCUGGAGGGAGAGCGGAGGAAGUGGUGCAAAGUUUUAUGAAAAACAACUUUUGCAACUUCGCCAAAGACUCUUAUAUGCUGAAAAAGAAAACAAAAAAAGAUCCCAUGAGCUGAACAUUGCCCUGAAUGAAAUCAUAAGAGUCAUCGGUGAGGCACCUAACAUUUCUGUAAAUGUUACAGACUCCAUGAAAUGGAAGACAUUGAAGUCCACUAACGAGCUCCCAUUACACCUUACCAAUAUCUACUACUAUUUGCCUCAUCUCCAGGGGCAUGAAGACAGUAUUUAUCCCAAUGUCAUAAUUGGACAAGGAAGGACUGGGGUUUACCUAGUAAUGGGCAUUCCAACAGUACGAAGAGAGAAAAAAAAUUAUUUGAUGGAAACACUGAAUUCUCUUUUCUAUGGAAUGUCUAAAGAACAGAAGAAGAAUUGUGUGAUAGUUGUCUUUGUGGCAGAGGUGGAUUCAGAGUACGUUAACAACAUUGCAGAAAGCAUCAGAAGCAGCUUUCCAAAUGAGGUACUUUCUGGUGUUCUGGAGCUUAUUUCUCCACCUGCCUCCUACUAUCCUAAACUCUCCAAUCUCAAGGAAACAUUUGGUGAUUCAAAGGAGAGAGUAAGGUGGAGAACAAAACAGAAUUUGGAUUAUAGCUUCUUAAUGCUGUAUGCUCAACCUAAAGGAACAUUUUAUUUACAGCUAGAAGAUGAUAUUGUAGCAAAGCCUGAAUAUACACAGAUAAUAAAAGACUUUGUUGUACAACAGGAAUCGAACGAGUGGAUGAUCCUUGAAUUUUCUCAACUUGGGUUUAUCGGAAAAUUAUUCCGAUGCAGAGACUUACCACAGAUAGUAGAAUUUUUUUUAAUGUUCUACAAAGAUAAGCCAAUUGACUGGCUUCUAGACCACUUACUUUGGGUUAAAGUUUGUAAUCCAGAGAAAGAUGCAAAACACUGUGAAAGACAAAAGGCCUCUUUGCGCAUUCGUUAUAAGCCAUCUCUUUUUCAGCAUGUGGGACUUCAUUCUUCUUUAGCUGGAAAAAUUCAGCAUUUGAAAGAUAAAGAUUUCCUCAAAAACUCAUUAUUUAAAGUACAUGCCAACCCACCUGCUGAAGUAUCUACAAGCCUGAAAGUAUUCCAGCACUUCACUUUAGAAAAGGCUUAUAAAGGAGUGGAAUGUUUUUGGGCAUUUGCCCCCGUGGCUGGAGAUUACAUCCUGCUCAACUUUCAGCAGCCACUGAAAAUUGAAAGAUACCUAUUUAGAAGUGGAAACCCAGAGCAUCCCGGAGACAAGGUCUCUAACGCUACUGUAGAUGUUUUACCUGUUGAUGAGAUUGAUUUACAAUCCACCGGAGGCAAUGCACAGUACUUAAAAGAUGUAAAAACUCGGGAUGGAUAUUUUCAGAUAGGUGCAUUUGAAGAUGGAAUAGCAGAUGGCAUUGUCAGCCCAUCUUUAGGCAGAAUAAAAGCUCUUCGAAUAUCUAUCCACUCUGGUUCUCCCAUGUGGGUGUUACUGAGUGAGAUUUUUAUAAAGACACGAAAAAAAUAAUAAGAAAAGUAGUUUCUCCAAGAAUAUGGAAGUCUUAAAGGCUGCAAGGAAAGAUCACCAUCUAGUGGUAGCAAUAAAAUGGUGAAAAGUAAAAAAUGAUUCUUCUUCCUAAUACUAUGUAGUAGGGCAGAAGACAGCUGUACAUUUUGUAUAGAGAACAUAAAUGCUUAUUAAAUCUGAAAU